AUGGCAUCGACGGAGGAGCAACUCUGCCGUAAAUCAGGCGAAACAGCAGGGCAUCUCGCUUCUCUUAACGGAACCCCCGACUUCGGAUGCCCGGAAGACCUACGCGAAUUCCGUGAUUCGUUGGAGGAGGUGGAUGCGGCCAUCAAAUCUCGUGGCCAGCCGGCAAUCAUGGGCACCGCCGAUUCAGAUGCCUGUGGAAUUGCAUGCUGUACCUUGAACCUCAUGUUUCCGCGGGAGGAUCGGGAUGACGACUGGAGUGACCGGAGCGCAGGGAGCGAAGUAGCUAGUGAUUGUAGCACACAGGAGGAGGGCAGCGAUGAAGACGAUGGCUGUAAUGCCCAAGUGAGAUACAAGGACAAGGAGACAAAGUGCCCAGGAAAAUACUACCCCAAAAGUGACGCAUAUAAAAUAGAGCGCAGAUGGCUAAAUAGAUACAUCAAACACUCACCCUUCCUAUCCCGUUAG